UGGUUCGUUAAGGGUGGAGUUGGGGCCGGGGUCGGUCUUGGGUCUGGGUCUGGCUGAGUGAAAGGGUGGGUGAUUAUCCCGGGCGAUUGGAUGGAACGGGCGUCUAUGAAGAGGCGAGGUCUGGGCGAAGCUGAGAAGAAUGAAAGGAUCUGGGAAUGGGGCUUGGUAGAGCGGAAGGGUUGUGAUUUGCUGGAAAGAGCAGGCCCUAGAGUGGACUGAGCCUGGGGGUUAAUUGCUCUUUGAAAGGAACCGCGUCAGGGGUGAAAUCUCCCCGACCAUGACCUCCACCGGUCAGGAUUCCACCACAACCAGGCAGCGAAGGAGUAGGCACAACCCCCACUCGCCCCCCCACGACUCCAGCGUCACCUCGAAGCGAGGUGCUAAGAAGGGUGCCGUACUCCGCUCCAGCCCCAAACUAGCGGAGGUUAAGAAGAAAGGCAGAAUGAAGAAGCUCAGCCAAGAAACAGGGCAAGACCUAAUCGUGGGCCUGCAAGGGCUGGAUCUGAACCUUGAGGCCAAGACACUGUCUGGUACUGGCUUGGUGUUCGAUGAGCAGCUAAAUGAAUUCCACUGCCUCUGGGAUGACAGCUUCCCGGAAGGCCCUGAGCGGCUCCAUGCCAUCAAGGAGCAGCUGAUCCAGGAGGGACUCCUGGACCGCUGCGUGUCCUUCCAGGCCCGGUUCGCCGAAAAGGAGGAGCUGAUGUUGGUUCACAGCCUCGAAUACAUUGAUCUGAUGGAGACGACUCAAUACAUGAAUGAGGGAGAACUCCGCAUCCUGGCAGACACCUAUGACUCAGUUUACCUGCAUCCGAACUCGUACACCUGUGCCUGCCUGGCCUCAGGCUCCGUCCUCAGGCUGGUGGAUGCAGUCCUGGGGGCUGAGAUCCGGAAUGGCAUGGCCAUCAUCAGGCCUCCGGGACACCAUGCCCAGCACAGUCUUAUGGAUGGAUAUUGCAUGUUCAACCAUGUGGCCGUGGCUGCCCGCUAUGCUCAACAGAAGCAUGGCAUCCAGAGGGUCCUUAUCGUGGAUUGGGAUGUACACCAUGGUCAAGGAACACAGUUCACCUUCGACCAGGACCCCAGCGUGCUCUAUUUCUCCAUCCACCGCUACGAGCAGGGUCGGUUCUGGCCGCACCUCAAAGCCUCUAACUGGUCCACCACAGGUUUUGGCCAAGGUCAGGGAUACACCAUAAAUGUGCCUUGGAACCAGGUGGGGAUGCGAGAUGCCGACUACAUUGCUGCUUUCCUGCAAAUCCUGCUGCCGGUCACCCUUGAGUUCCAGCCCCAGCUGGUCCUGGUGGCCGCUGGAUUUGAUGCCCUCCAAGGGGACCCCAAGGGCGAGAUGGCCGCCACUCCGGCAGGGUUCGCCCAGCUAACCCAUCUGCUCAUGGGUCUGGCAGGAGGCAGGCUGAUCCUGUCUCUGGAGGGUGGCUACAACCUCCGUUCCUUGGCUGAGGGCGUCAGCGCCUCGCUUCACACCCUCCUGGGAGACCCUUGCCCCCUGCUGGAAUCCCCUGGCGCCCCCUGCCCAAGUGCCCAGUUGUCACUGUCCUGCACUCUGGAAGCUCUGGAGCCCUUCUGGGAGGUCCUUGUGCGAUCAGAUGAUACCCUGGAGGAGGACAGCGUGGAGGGGAACAAUGCGGAGGAAGAGGAGGAGGAGGAGAGGCCGUGGCAGCCCCCUGUGCUCCCGGUCCUGACGUGGCCAGUGCUGCAGGCUCGCACAGGGCUGGUCUAUGACCAACGGAUGAUGGGUCACUACAACUUGUGGGACAACCACCACCCCGAGAUGCCCCAGCGCGUCUCACAGAUCAUGUGCCGUCUGGAGGAGCUGGGCCUUGCCGAGCGCUGCCUCAUCCUGCCCACACGUCCCGCCACGGAUGCUGAGCUGCUCACCUGCCACAGUGCUGAGUAUGUGGGUCGUCUACGGGCCACAGAGAAGAUGAAAACCCGGGAGCUGCACCGCGAAGGUGCCAGCUUUGACUCCAUCUACAUCUGCCCCAGCACCUUCGCCUGUGCAAAGCUGGCCACUGGCGCCACAUGCUGCCUUGUGGAAGCUGUGCUGGCGGGAGAGGUUUUGAAUGGUGUUGCCGUGGUGCGUCCUCCAGGACACCACGCAGAGCAGGACGCUGCUUGCGGUUUCUGCUUUUUCAAUUCUGUGGCUGUGGCUGCUCGCCAUGCCCAGGCCAUCAGUGGGCAUGCGCUGCGGAUCCUGAUCGUGGACUGGGACAUCCAUCAUGGUAAUGGAACUCAGCACAUAUUUGAGGAGGACCCCAGCAUACUCUAUGUUUCCCUGCACCGCUAUGAUCAUGGCACCUUCUUUCCCAUGGGGGAUGAGGGUGCCAGCAACCAGGUGGGCUGGGCUGCAGGCAUGGGCUUCACCGUCAACGUGGCCUGGAAUGGGCCCCGCAUGGGUGACGCCGAGUACCUGGCUGCCUGGCAUCGUCUGGUGCUUCCCAUUGCCUACGAGUUUAACCCAGAACUGGUGCUAGUCUCAGCUGGCUUUGACGCGGCACGGGGGGACCCACUGGGGGGCUGCCAGUUGUCACCUGAGGGCUAUGCCCACCUCACGCACCUGCUGAUGGGCCUUGCCAGUGGCCGCAUUAUCCUAAUCCUAGAGGGUGGCUAUAACCUGACAUCCAUCUCGGAAUCCAUGGCCGCCUGUACCCGCACCCUCCUUGGGGACCCACCACCUGUGCUGACCCUGCCACGGCCCCCACUAUCAGGGGCCCUAGCCUCAAUCGCUGAGACCAUCCAAGUCCAUCGCAGAUACUGGCGCAGCUUGCGGGUCAUGAAGGUGAAAGACAAGGAGGGACCUUCCAGUUCUAAGUUGAUCACCAAGGAAGCACCCCAACCAGCCAAUCCUGGGUCAGCCGAGGGGCUGACCACACUAGAGGGGAAUAUUCUGGACACAAGCAUGGGGAAGACCACCUUGGCAUCAUCUGUGCAAGAGUCCACUCCACCCCAGACCAAGUCAGAAGCAGCUGUGGCAGAGCUCACUCAGGACCAGUCCUCAGAGGCAGCCGUGCCGGACCCGACCACCUCAGAGGGAGCCGUGUCGGACCCGACCACCUCAGAGGGAGCCGUGCCGGACCCGACCACCUCAGAGGGAGCCGUGCCGGACCCGACCACCUCAGAGGGAGCCGUGCCGGACCCGACCACCUCAGAGGAGGCCGUGGGAGGAGCUGAGCUGAUCCAAACCUGUCCAGCUUUGUGCACAGACAACCAGACUCCUCCAGCCUCACCUGUGCAAGGAGCCACACCUCAGAGCUCCCCCACUAAGCUUACUGGGAUUCUCAGGAUCUUGGAACUAGACAACAAGGCUCAGGGGUCCCCACAACCUCAGAUCCCAGAAGAGGAGAGGCUACUAGGAGAGGCAGCUGGAGGUCAGGACGUGGAUGAUUCAGUGUUGAUGCAGGUCUUUGGGGACACUGACCAGGCCAUGUUUUACGCUGUGACACCACUGCCCUGGUGUCCCCAUUUGGUGGCAGUCUGCCCCAUUCCUGAAGCAGGCCUGGACGUGACCCAACCCUGUCAGGACUGUGGAGAAUUCCAGGAGAACUGGGUGUGUCUGUCUUGCUAUGAGGUCUACUGCAGUCGUUACGUCAAUGCCCAUAUGCUCCAGCACCAUGAAGCCUCGGGACACCCGCUGGUCCUCAGCUAUGUUGACCUUUCUACCUGGUGUUACCAAUGUCAGGCCUAUGUUCACCACCAGGCUGUCCUAGAUGUGAAGAACGUCGCCCACCAGAACAAGUUUGGGGAGGACAUGCCCCACUCACACUAACUCCCAGGACGUGCUCCUUUUCACCUUGAGGCCCAAGAUAGCCCAGCCUUAGCUCAUUCCAACCUGUACCUUGGAUGAGCCUCCAUCCCAUCCUGAAAACCCUUUACAACUCCCCAAGGGUGCUGAUUUCAUUGUAAAUACCUGUAAGAGGACUGUGGUGAGGAAUUGUAGCUGUGCCCACUGCCUACUCCUGGGACUCCAUUUAUUCCGCCCCAGAAGGAAAGGGGGGCAAACGGGGAGCAGCUCAGUGUCCCUAAGAGGGGACUGAUAUCAAGAAGAUGCUUUGGAGAACGGGGGGAUCAACUGGCAGAUAUGGCAGGGUUGCAUAUGUAAUAAAAUACAAGCUGUUACAAA